AUGUCGUCCCCGCCUACUCCAAACCCUUCUGUUAGAGCGGCUCCCUUAUGCACCUCUAGGCAUAAGAAAAGAGAAAAUCCAUCCUCAUUUCCGUCAAUCGCAACAUUCAACCUCUUCCGCAAGAAGCCUCCUCAGCCUUCCUCACCUGUCGAGCCUUACGAGAUCGCCCCUGAAAUAUGGAGUAUCGAUGCCACAGUCUUCGGCUACCUUGACACUAAUGACAAGCGAGCCAAGUCGAGGGUCCAGAACGCAGGACCAGACAUCCAAGCUCCCAGGCAGAAGGCCAAGCGGAAACCGGUGCCCGUCAGAGGUCUACUUGGCGAGUGCAAACAAGCACAUUUUGCGGAAGGGACUGAGCAAUACAAGACUGAUACAAUUAGAGACGAAGUAAAAGCUUCGAGUCAAUUCAGGCAAGAGCGGAGAGACGAACAAAGGAUCAAGAGAGGAAGCAAUCGUCCUGGGGCCAGGCGAGGGAGCAUGAGGACUGUGAGCAGAGAUGAUCAAUUGGUGGAGCGUGGAGCCAACCCUAGGACCGGACUUGUGAGUCCAUUUGUUGUUAGUGAUGGCAGCGAGGAGUGCCUUGGGGGUGACUACAUUGCUGUGGGUAAAGUCAGACCAGCCAGUCCAUCGCCGAGGAGAAAGACCCGCAGUGAGAAGUGGAAGCAGGACAGCCUUGGAUGGAGUCUGGUGGAGAGUCCGCUCUUGAGCCCCAUUGCUCAGAGUAUGAGCGACAAGACUGGUCGAACAGUUUCUAUAAAACAGUUGGGAGAUCGAUUGCUGGUUGAGAUGCCCGGUGUGGAUAACCACGACCCACAGAAUAUGACGGAUGGGCAGAUCAAAAAAUACCAAGAGGGGAUUGCUCGGGCAUACAGACAUGGAGGAGGGAGUAUUGCCAUGCUUGACCCUGAUACAUUACCAUCCCCCAGACAAUGGACGCCGGAAGGACCUAGCACACCCCCUACCAAAUUGCACAAGAUCCAAAGAAAGGAGGUCGGAAGCGGUGUGGUUCGCAAGAGUGGUUCCGGUGACACGGUCAUCAUUAACGCAAACAGCCGAGAAUCUUCUCUACCAACGCCGAGGAAAGACAUCAUGAAGCGGCAAAGGGUCAGGAUUAUCACUCCAAGCAACACACCAACAGGGUCGUCGUUUGAAUCCCACACAGACAUCAGCAACGCCAUGAGAAAGACGGAUCCUUAUUUAGGCCGAGAGUCCCAAACGACGUGCAGCCAGACAGCGAGCGCUACCCAAUCCCAGUCUUCUCUGGUUACUGGGCAAGCACACCAGUGCCUUCCAAACGAAUCAGAAUCAAGCCCAUCCCCAACGCUGUCAGAUCCUCCACCGGCUUCUCUGACCUUGAACCAAUACCUCCCACACUUGCAAUUUCUACAUCCCAGCCAUUUCGCCAACCUAGGAAAGUCUUCCUACCGUCGCCCAACGCAGCGAUUGCCGGCAAGGCUGAGGCCUUUAGAACAACAAAGGCAAGCUGUAAAGGAUGUGUGCACCACCACUUUCAUUACCACUUCAACAAAGGGGCCAAGGUGGGGACAGAGGCCGAAAAUGCAGAGGCAAGAAGAGAGCAGCGUCGUUCCGAGAGUGAAUUACCUUUCUCCCGGGUGCGAGAUGCCUCUGGAUGGCUACCGUCAAGCAAGUGUACCCAGAAACAAGCAAUCCUACCCCAGCACCAACUCAGUGGACAGUCUCCAAACUUCAGGCUUGAUGACAGCAAGGAGCCGAGCAAUCAGACCCACAGAGAAGGCCGAUUCCGCAAGAGACCAAGCAGAAACAAGAUAUCAGAGGAAGGAACCGAUGCCCGCAGACUGUCUCAGGCAACCACCGGGCGAGAACUGGCCGAAAAACCUAGCAAGCCCCACGCAAUUGACUCAAGGACUAAGUAUCGGACGUGCAAAUGUUGCUCGAGAGCGCAUUCAGCGGGACCAAAGUGGCGAUGGAUGCACCCCUAUAUACGGCCACCUUGGUAACGAAUCUAGAGCGGUACCAGGAGUGAAGCUUCAAUAUGCUGCUGACGACAAGGAGCAGGCAACCCUACCCGCAGAGCUUGCUAUUGGCGGUGAUAGCGGGGCAUGGUUUGCUGGACAAUGGGCUGAGGCCGAGCCGGAAGGUGAACAUCCAGACCUGCCGGCCUUGAUGCAGGAGGACACUCUGGCGCAUAGACGAUCAAUUUUGAGGAAAGCAGCAGACGUGAAGUGGUGGUUUUACGCCGCAGAAGCUUGCGUCGAACUUUCAUCUAAACUGGGCUUUGUCCAGCAACUUCUUCACCAGAUGAUUUGCCAUGUCAUGAGGACACUGCAUCAUGCUUCGCCUGCCUUGACCACCUUGAGAACGGCAAAUGCAACAACACAGGAUCAUUUUCGAGCGAUGAAAGAUCUUGCCCUUGCCGCCGCAUACUUGCUGGGGCUAUGA